GCGCGGCCCCGCCUCUCUCAUCAUCCCGUGCAGUAGCGCAGCUGCGGAGAUGCUGGGACGGUGUCGCGCACCGCUGUCCGUGCUCCUCGUCUUCCUCCCUCAGUGAAACCGAAGAUGAACCACAAACACUACAACGGGAGGACUUAACGCGUAGCAGCCCCUUCUCCAUUUUAUCUGACUUUAACACGUUCGUGUUUGAGUUUAUUCCCGGUGAAAAUGGCGACGGGGGCAGGCUGGCAGCCACAGUACAACACCUCGACUACCAAAUAUACCCCCGUUCCGGCGUCCAGCAUGUUUUACGACGGGAAUUUAACACUGGAAUACACUCAAGACAUGCAUUUGAAGAUGAGCAAGAAGAUAGCACAACUAACCAAGGUAAUUUAUGCUCUCAACACCAAGAACGAUGAACACGAAGAAGAAAUUGAGUCUUUGAAAGAAGCCCACGAGGAUGAGGUGCAGCAUAUUGUGACAGAAACCAGAGACAAGAUCAUGCAGUACAAGAGCAAGAUGGCGGACGAGGCAGACCUGAGGCGGCGGCUGGCCAGUCUGGAGGAAUCUGUCGAACUCCAUGAACACAUGAAGAGACAGGCUUUAGCAGAGUUUGAGAUGUACAGACAGAGAAUGGAGGACUCCCAGCUCUGCACCGAGGCCCAACACACACAGAGAGUGGUCUCUAUGAGCAGAGAGGUGGAGGAAAUGCGUCGGGAUUUUGAGGAAAAGCUGCGAGCGUUCAGCCAGGCUCAGGCCCAGUUUGAGGCGGAAAAGAGGCGAGCGCUGGAGGAUCUGAGGACCACCCACCGCCAGGAGGUGGAGGAACUCCUCGACAACCAGCAGAACCAGAGCGUCACCUCCACUGAAGACCAGGAGAAACUGGCUGAGCUCCAUAGACAAGAGGUGGAGGCAUUGAUGGAGAAAGUGGAGGAGCUAACAAAGGAUAAGGUGAAUCUGGUGGAGGAGUACGAAUCCAAGCUGGCCAAGGCUCAGGAGUAUUAUGAGAGAGAGCUGGAGGCUAUGAGGAGAACACACCAGCUCACCACUGAGAACCUGCUGGCCUGGAAAAGGACCGAGGUCGAGCUUCGUAAGGAGUUCCAGGCUCAGGAGGCGGCACUGCAGCGCUCGCUGUCCAAGCUGAGGAGCGAACUUCAGAAAGCCCAGGAGGAGGCCAGAGAAAACCGAGACAAGACCAACAGGCUGCAGACGUCUCUGGCCAACGCCGAUGGAACUAUCAAGAAUCUGCACAAGCAGCUGGAAGAAGCCAUCCAGGAUGGAGAGAUCUGGGUGAUGCAGCUGAAGGACACAGAGUAUGAGCUCGAAGGCAGCAGGGAGCGAGUUCAACAGCAGGCAACUGAAAUCCUCCACAAAGCCAGUCAGAUCGGCUCUCUGCAGGCCACCCAGAUGGCUCAUGAGGCGACCAUCAGGAACCUGGGCCAGGAGCAGAACCGGCUGAAAGAGAAGAUCAGCAGGCUGGAGGAGGAGAGAGAGGCUCUGCUCAACCAAAGCCAAGCUGCCAACGAACAGCACAAGCAACAAGUGCUCAAACUAGAACAGUCUCUGCGUGAGGAGCACCAGGGUUACGAGAAGGAGCUCUCCAGACUGAGAGCGCACUACGAGGAGGAGACACUUCGCUUCAAGGAGGCGCAGGUCAAAGCGCUGGAGGAGAUGGAGGACAAGCACCAAGCCAUGACGGAGGAGGCCCAGAAGGAGAAAGAGGAGGAGAAGAAACUCCUGAUGACAAAAAUGAGUCAAGAGUUUGAGAUUAAGCGCCUGUCGCUGGAGGAACAGAGAGACCGUCUCCAGCAGCAACUGGACAACUUGAAGGAGGAGCUGUCGGCCAAACUCAAUAUGGCCAAUCAGGAGGUUUCCCACCUCCAGGAUCUGGUGAGGGAGGGGGAGCAGAACCUGGGCUCAGCUCAGACACAGAUCACCUGCCUGAAGGAGACUCAGGAGAAACUCAGGAUAGAACUAGAUGCAACUAGAGCCCGGGUCCGAGAGACCAGUAACCUGCUAACAGACCUGCAGGAGGAGAUCGAAACCCAGAAACAGCAGCAUGAGGCCAGAGUGAUGUCCAUCAGAACAGAGGAGAAACAGAAGAUGGACAAGAUGGCAGAUGACUUGGACCAGAAAUGGAGAGACGCACUGCGGGAGGAAGUGCGUUUGCUAAAGGAGGAGCUGAACGAGGAGUAUGAGGCAGACAAACAGACAGCACUGACACAGCUCUCCCAGCAGAAGGAAGUGGAGAUGAUGGCGGCAAGAGAGAGCUGGCAGAGGAAGGUGGAGGACCUGCUGGAACAGAUCUCUCUGCUGAAACAGUCCCUGGAGCUGCAGCUGUCUCAGUCACAGUCGGCUCUCCAGCAGCUGCAAUCUCAGUUCAACCAGGAGAGAGAGCUGCUGAGCCAACAGCUGAAAGAGAUGCAGAGAGAGCAUCAGAGGAGAGAGCAUCGGUUACAGGAGGCUCACUGCUGUGCCCUCAGCACCAUGGAGGAGGCCAGACAGCACCAGAUCAGGGCCCUGGAGGAGCGUCUGAAGCAGGAGCAGAGGGAGGAGGUUCACGCCCUUAAGGAGGCCCACAGGAGGACCCUAGAGAUCCUGAGACAGCAGUCAGACCAGGAGCUGCAGACGCUGCGAUUUGAAUUGGAAGACGAGGGGAAAGCAAAGCUGGCCUCUCUUCGUGCAGAGCUGAACCACCUCCAUGCUGCAGCCAUAGAGCAUCUAAAGCAUAUCCACCUCAAAGAAAACAGUGCUGCCAAAAGAGAGCUAGAGAAAGCUAUGGAGCACAGUCGCCAGCAGGAACAAGAGCUCCUGGUUCGCAUCUCGGACCUGCAAGCAGAGGUGUGUUCACGUAGCAACCGCAUCACCGAUCUGGACCAUGAGAUCCACUCUCUGAAUGAAACCAUCGACACUCUAACCAGAGAGCUGGAGCUGAAGGGCAAAGAGGUGCUUCGGGUCCGCAGUGAAGCGAACCAUCAGAUAAGGGCCCAUGAGCAAGACUUUUCAAAGAGACAUGAGAGGGAGCUGGGUGAGCUAAGUGCAGUCCAUCACAGAGAAACACAGAUCAUGCUGGCAGACUUCAACAAGGCCCAGGAGGUCCUCAAAGACAAGAUUUCUGCUCUACAAAUACUGUUGGAGGGUACGGAGGAGAAGUUAAGAAACAGAGAAAGUCGACCAGAAGACCUGCAUCUUAUAGCAGAACUCAGAGAGAUGGUGACCGAAAGAGAAGCUCUGGUCAAAAAGCUGGUGGAUGACAAGAAGUUCUACCAGUUGGACUUGGUCAACAGAGAGACGGGUUUCAACAAGGUCUUCAAUUCCAGUGCCAAUGUCGGUGUCAUCAACCCUCUAAUCAAGUGUCAUGGAUAUAGGACCAUGGGUUUGUUACGCUCAACACAGUGGGCUAUAGCUUUAACACCACACUUCUAGGAUGGAUUUUUGUAUCACACGCUUCAUCUGGAGUUGGCAAACAGUUUGAAUGUCAAAUAAUGUAGAACUAAAUACACACAGCCAUGUUUUGUCAUGUAAGAAGACUACACCUACACAUGACUACACCUGAAGUUCAUACACAGGCACACAGAUCUCCAGAAGAAGCUGUUUGUCAUACAAACUCUACAUCAGCCUGGUUUUAUUGCAAGCCGUUUUAAAAGCACACUGAUAGCUGCAGCAUGCAGUUUGGCACCAUUAACUAUUUUCAUACACAGUUGUCAAAUAAAGUUAUUGAUGGCAUAAGAAUACUUGCACAGUAGAUUUGUCUGUGUUGAAAUUGACCUGCAGCAGAGCUGCAACCAUAUGACAAGGAACAAGGACAAUUAAAACAUGCUGUAGAUAAUUGUAUUGUAAUUGUACCUUAUUAAACCCAAAUAUUAGAUGUUGAUGGUGAAUACGACUAGUGGAGUGUUUGUAGUCCUUGUGCUUGAUUUUAUUUAGUGUUUUCUGGUAUAUUUAAUUAUUUUCAAGUGAUUUCAUCAUCUUAUUGUUCUUUUUUAGUUUUUCUUUCCUUGUUGUUUGAGCACUAUGAAUCACCACAGAAUCACUCCAUUCUUCCUGAAAGCGUGAACAUUACCCGUCAUCCGACUGAUAUCACACUGAUGUCUGGGUAUAAAGCUGCGUACGCAGCUGUCGAACCUGCUGCUUAACAGAAACAAUACCGCCUGAUUUCAGCAUCUCUCCUUCUUGUCAUUUUCUCUGUAUUUCUCAUUAUGGGCUCGUCAUAUAACAUUUGCAUCAAUGAUUCACUUCUAAGCUUAAAUGUGCAGGAUUCCACAUUGUUGUGUGUGCAUAUUUGUCUUAAUACCAUCAUUCUUAAACAUAUUGUGCACCUGUGUAAUAAAAAUGUAGACACAUGCACAUUUACUGUAUUAUGAACCAUCUGCAGUUCUGCUAAAUGUAAUGACAUUGUGAACAUUUGAGAUGCCACAACAACCAGAAGAAAUGUACAACUACUUAAAUAACUAGGAAUUGACCUUGCUGAUGUGAAAUUUUUACAACUAAUUCUGAGAAACAGCAUUUUUCUCAGGAAUAUACCAAGCAACAACAAGGAAGCUUUUCAGGUGUUUUUGCAUUAAGCACUGUCUAAUCACAUCUUGUAAGAAGAGAAGGAGACUGACUGAAAAAAAGAAGCAUCUCAACAUCUGCAAGAUUGGUUGCCAUGAAAUCUUACACCGAUCAGCCAUAACAUUAUGAC